UACAAAGUCUUUUUGUGCUUCUUCUCUCAAGGCAACAGCGUUUUGUCCUCUCUGAUUCACCAUGGACACUAAUAACCUGCAUACAGUAUCUCAACUCUUUAAGGCCUCGGUAUUGUGAGUUCAGAAGUAUAAAUAUCUUGGCAUCUGUUAACAUGUAAAUAACAUUAUUUUACCUCCCUCCCAACUAUGUGAGACAGAAGCUACACUUACCCAUAACAUCCUCAACAAAGAGGAAGAUAGUUUUGCAAUAACUGCAAGUGAGUGCAUGUUGUCCCUGGGUUACUUUGGUCUCAGACAAUCAGCUUUAGCAGUUCACAGCUAUGAGAGGAUAAUGAACUUUGUUUUUUUUUUUCCAUCAGGCAAGCACAAGUGUUUCGAUCUCACUACUUCAAAGUUCCUUAUACAUCCCAUAGAGCUGAUAAAAGAGUCGAUCUCUAUUUGAGUCAGUCAUCCUGUUGAUUUCUGUCAAGACAUUCUGGUGAGUUUGCUGUGUCAGACUAUAAAACAUCCAGGUGUGUCUCUUAAAACACAGGUGACAUUUUGGAGAUACAGCUUUUCAAUCAUCUUGACAAGAUAAAAUACAUCAACCCAAUCAGUGUUGGAAAAAGACACAAUGAUUUUCUUCAAGACCCUCCUUGUCUUUGAUCUUCUGCUAUUAGCAAUAGGGAAAAACAAGGAAUGGUCAAUCUCACUGCCAGACAAUAUUUAUGCUUUCAUGGGAUCUUGCGUGCUGAUUCCAUGUACGUUUGAUAUCCCGGAUUUUGAGAGUCAACUGAACAAAUCUGGAUCAAUUUACGCCGUGUGGAUUAAAGGGGGGACUUAUUUUGGCAAAGGUAGAAACCCAGUGGUUUUCAAUGGCACUACUAACACAACCAGGUUGCUUGAGAGAAUAGAGAUCACUGGAAAUCUCCGUAGGAAAAAUUGCACAACUGCCUUCUACAAUGUGAAUAAAACACAUGCAGAUAACUACUACUUCAGAAUUGAGAUGAUCAGCAGAAAAGGAACGUUCAUAGACAGGUAUUUUCGUCUGAUUGUAGAAGAUACUCCAGGGAGUCCACAGGUAUCAGAGUUAUCUGAGGUGUCAGAGGGGACAUCAGUGACUCUGACCUGCACUGCUGCUGCUCCCUGUCCCUCUCAGCCUAUCAUCACCUGGUCUCUUCCCACGGGGAACAUAAGCACUCACAUACAGGAUGAGGAGAAUGGCAUCAGAUUCCUCACGUCUGUUUUGACCUUCACUGCUUCCCGUACUCAGAAUGGGAGAAAUAUCUCCUGCACAGCUUCUUACCUCAGACAUAAAAAGAGCACUCUGCAAAGAAAGAGUACUGUGCAAAGACUUAGAGUCCAGUUCUCUCCUGCAGAUGUGGUGGCCUCUGUGAGUCCUUCAGGUCCAGCAGCAGGGGGCAGUAGUGUGACACUGACCUGUAACAGCAGUGAGGCCAACCCGCCAGUGCAGAACUACACCUGUUUUAGAAAGGACCAGCUCACACCUAUUCAUGAAUAG